AUGGGAGGCAUUGUAGACCCUCCAGGCCCUUACGAUGGGGGCAUUUUCCCACUGAUAGCUGUACCAAACCCCAGGUACGGGCGACCCACAGGCCCGCCCGGAGACAAUGGUGUGACACCCACUGACAGGGACAGAGUCAUACACGCCUAUCAUCCCUGGAGUGCAGACGAUAGGAAGAAUGUGUUAAAAGACGUCCCUCCCCUCUCAGAAGGUUUCCAACCUUGGGCUGAUGCUGUGGCCCUCAUAAGAACCGAUUGGAGACUAGAUGGUAGAGAAAUGCUCCAGGUUCUCCAGGACCUGUUAGGCCUCCAAUUUGCCAGAGUACGAGGCAACUACACAGGUAUGACUCCUGAUGGCACUGGUGCAAUACCAGCCCAGUCAAAUACUCUCAGAGAUGCAAUAGACGGAGUCAUGGAAAGGGUCCGCACUCAGCUCGCCCCAAAACCAAAUUAUGGGAAAAUCGAAGUUGCUGAACUACCACAGUCAUUAUGGUCAGCAGGCCCUACUGACGUAGGCCUCAUUAAAGGUGCUGACCCAGUUAAAGUCAAAGUCACUUCAAACCACAGGCCGAUGAAACCACAAUACCCACUGUCUGCUGAAGCAAAAGCUGGAAUUCGCCCAGUUAUAGCAGACAUGGAAAAGGCAGGAAUUCUAGUAAAGACAAAUAAAACGACCUGUAACACACCCAUCUUCCCAGUAAAAAAGGCAAACACCGACAAAUACCGACUAGUGCAUGAUCUAAGAGCAAUCAAUGACAUCACAGAACAAAUACCACCAGUAGUGGCUAAUCCGCACACCAUCCUAAACCAGGUUACGCCUAAAGAACAGUGGUUUUCAGUAAUAGAUCUGUCAAACGCGUUCUUUUCCGUGCCACUACACCCAGAGUCACAAGAAUUGUUUGGCUUUACAUUUGAUGGCCAAAAAUACACAUACACAAGGCUGCCACAAGGCUUUCAAAAUAGCCCGACACUGUACGCAGAGGCCCUGAAGAAGUCAAUGUCUCUUUGCACUCUGCCUGCUCCAGGACAGUUCCUACUUUAUGUAGAUGACAUUCUGGUAACCGGAAACACGCAGGCAGACUGCAAAAACAACACCCUACAGGUGUUGAGACACCUAGCAGAACAAGGACACAAAGUGUCACAACACAAGCUACAGCUCUGGCGACCAGAAGUGACCUAUUUAGGUCAUAAACUGACAGGGCAAGGACGCAAACUGUUGAAACCAGGUGACUGGAUCCUGAUCAAGGUACUCCAGAGGAAAAACUGGAGCUCUCCGAGGUGGGAGGGCCCUUAUCAGGUUCUGCUGACGACGCCUACCGCGUGUAAGAUCGCUGAGAGGCCUUCGUGGAUCCAUCAAAGUCACACUAAAAAAGUGCAGGGGGACACAAGACCAGACGCCAACUCCCCUACCAACUAG